GCGAUAACAAAAUUAAAGAAUUACUUGAAAAUAACAAAAAAUGGUCAAAAGAUAAAAAUAAGGAUGAUAAAGAAUUAUUUGACAAACUUAAAACACAACACCCCGAAGUUCUUUGGAUUGGAUGUGCUGAUUCUCGUGUUCCACCUGAACUCAUUACUCAGUCAGGAUUUGGCGAAUUAUUUGUGCAUCGUAACAUAGCAAAUCAAUUCAAACCCGAUGACACCAAUUGCAUGUCAGUGUUAGAAUAUGCUGUCAAAGCUCUGAAAGUUUCUCACAUUGUUAUUUGUGGUCAUACAGGUUGUGGUGGGGCCAAAAAUUGUUUUAAUCAAGAACUUGAUCCUAAUCUAAUAAAAUGGUUGGAAGGAAUACGUGAAUUGGAGGCGGUAAACUCUGAAUUCUCUCUCUCUAAUCCACAUUUCGGAAGUGACGAAGUUCAACAUAAAUUGGUCAAAGCUAAUGUAGUGAAACAAGUGGAAAAAAUUAGUGAAAAUCAUCUCGUUAAAUCUGCUAAACAUAAAAUACAAGUUCAUGGAUUUGUUUUUGAUUUAAAAGAUGGCUUAUUAGAAGAUUUGAAGCUAAAACUAAUCUAUUUUAUAAUUUUAGUGGUUCAAGAAAAUAAUAAAAAUUUCCCAACUUCUCAACAACAAAAACUAAUUGUAAAAUCAAUUUUUUCAUCGAUUUUCCAUAAUCGUAAAUUUCACUUGAAAACUAAUGAUAAUCGUAAUAAAAAAUAUGAUGAUUUGAUUUUUCCAUCAAAGAAAUUUAUUAUAAGUGAUCAUGCAAUUGAUAAAAAAUAUAUCACUUCUUUGGGGAAAACUCAAGGUCGCUUAGUUAUUCUUGGAUCGGGAUGGGCAGGAUAUAAAUUACUCAGAGAUAUAGAUACGAAGCAUCACGAAGUAAUAGUUAUUUCUCCAAGCACACCAUUACUUGCUUCAUCAUCAGUUGGAACUUUGGAAUUUAGAUGCAUAAUGGAACCUAUAAGAAGAUAUUCACCCAAGGUACAAUAUUAUCAAGCUUACGCUGACCGUGUUGAUUUAAAGGAACAAAUACUUUACUGUACUUCAAAUCUUGAGCGUAACACAGACAAAUUCAAGCUUGAAUAUGACACAUUGAUAAUAGCUGUUGGUGCAAAUUCAAAUACAUUUGGUAUACCUGGUGUCGGCGAAUACGCCUUAUUCUUAAAAGAUGUGUCCGAUGCUCGUAGAAUACGUCAACGUGUCAUCGAAUGCUUCGAACACGCAAGUCAACCAAUGGUUAAUGAAAAGGAGGCUUUGGGUUUAUUACAUUUUGCCAUUGUUGGUGGUGGUCCUACCGGUAUAGAAUUCAGUGCCGAGUUGCACGAUUUCAUCACAGAAGAUAUGGCAAGACUUUAUCCCGAUCUAAUAAAUUCAGUCACAAUGACAGUCUACGAUGUUGCACCACAGAUCCUUGGAUCCUUUGAUCAAUCGCUUAGAGACUAUGCGACAAAAAAGUUUACGAGAAAAGGUAUAAAAAUUAGAACCGGUCGUAGCGUAUUGGAAGUUAAAGAACGUCAUAUGAUCAUAAAAGAAGAUGGCGAAGUUCCUUAUGGAAUGUUAGUCUGGGCUACCGGAAUCACUGAAAAUCCUUUGACACGAUCAAUGUCUGAUCAGGUGAUGAAAGAUGGUUCGGCAAAACGUUUAUUAACUGAUGAAUUUUUAAGGGUAUUGGAUAAAGAAUCCAGCUAUCCAUUUGAUAACGUUUUUGCUCUCGGUGAUUGUGCAUCCAUUAAAGAUUAUGAUUUACCUGCAACUGCUCAAGUUGCGAAUCAAAAGGCUCUUUAUUUACGAAAAACUUUAACACAAGUUGCCAAAAAUAGUGGAUCACUUAUUGGAGUUAAACCUUUUAAAUUUACAAAUUUUGGCAGUAUGGCAUAUAUUGGUAAAAAAGAAGCCCUUGUUGAUAUGACAACUGUAUCUAAACAAAUUAAAGAAAGUGGUUUUCUUGCAUGGAUUUUUUGGAGAUCUUCAUAUCUUACAAUGACGGUUUCUUUACGAAAUAAAAUGUUAAUUCCCAUGUAUUGGUAA